AUGCGGCGCGUCGUAGUGACGGGCCUCGGCGCCAUCACCCCGCUCGGCGUGGGCGUGCGUCCGACCUGGCGCCGUCUGCUGGCGUCAGAAAGCGGCAUCAUCAGCGUCGCCGACCGCGCCGCCCACGACCCCCGAUGGCGCGACAUAACGAGCACCGUUGCCGGCAUCGUGCCCACCGAGACCUCGGCUGCUUCCGUGCAUGCCCACAAACAGGCUGUCCCCCACGCCUGGCGCCCGUCCGACUGGCUUGAACCGGCAGACCAGCGCCGUAUGUCGGUCUUUGCCCAGUAUGCAGUCGCUGCCGCCGAGAUGGCUUUGUGCGACGCAGGAUGGAAGCCAGACACCGAUGAGGCCCGCGAAAUGACAGGCAUCUGCUUGGGGAGCGGCAUCGGAAACUUGGACGAUGUAUACGCCACCAGUGUGGCUUUUGAACGAGACGGCUACCGAAAAGUCUCUCCUCUCUUCGUCCCCAAGAUUCUCAUCAACCUCGCUGCCGGCCACAUCGCGAUGCGUUACGGCUUCCGCGGCCCCAACCACGCCGCCACCACCGCCUGCACAACCGGCGCCCACAGCAUCGGGGACGCCGCGCGGUUCAUCGCCUUUGGCGAUGCCAAAGUCAUGGUCGCUGGUGGCGCAGAGUCGUGCAUCCAUCCGCUCGCUUUCGCCGGCUUCGGUCGUUCUCGCUCCUUGUCCACGGCUUACAACCACGACCCGCCUGCCAGCUGUCGCCCUUUUGAUGCCGAUCGCGCAGGGUUUGUUAUCGCUGAGGGUGCUGCCGUCAUGGUUCUGGAGGAGAUGGAGCAUGCCAAAAGUCGCGGUGCUCGCAUUCUGGCUGAGUUACGUGGGUAUGGCUGCAGUGGUGAUGCGCACCACAUGACUGCUCCCCGGGACGACGGAUCUGGAGCCCUGGCAGCGAUGAAGCGCGCGCUGAAGAACGCAGGGAUUAAGCCAGCGAACGUUGACUACAUCAAUGCCCAUGCGACGGCGACUCAGGUUGGCGAUGCUGCUGAAGCGAUUGCCAUCAAGUCCUUGAUGCUGGGCGAGGAUGGUGUAGAUGAUGAGGGCAAGGUCACGGUUAGUAGCACCAAGAGUGCUAUUGGGCAUUUGUUAGGGGCUGCGGGGGCCAUUGAGGCGUUAUUCGCAGUCCUUACUAUCACCGAAGGUGCUGUUCCUCCUACCUUGAAUUUGCAUAAGCCAGAUGUCGGAGCACGAUUCAACUUCGUACCUUUGGAGGCGCAACAGAAGAAGGUCAAGGUGGCCAUGUCAAACAGUUUUGGAUUCGGAGGCACGAAUGCUUCUUUGGUAUUCAGCGCUGUAGAGUAA